UUUAUGCAGUCCCAUUUCAACUUCACCCCCGCGCUUCCUUAUGGUAACUCCCUCCGUAGCAAUUGCUCCAUCCCAGGAGUAGCAUAUGUGUCUUGACUGGCGCGCAGGAAAAGCGAGUGCACAUAACGCCCGCAGCACAAGAGAACAGCCGCGGUCGCUUUUAUGUGAACUAACCACGGACGAGUGGAACGUGGUUCGGCGUUACAAUUCAGCUCCUCUUCUCGACCAUUUUUGCCAGUUUUUCGGUGCAUGCACGGAUAACGCCUGGAAAAAGGGAAGAAGGUGGUUAGCCUGUUGGGCGUAGCUAGCAAGCUAACUAAAGCGUGCCUCAAUAUCCUGACGAUCGGGUGAAAGGAGGGCCGCAGCGCACUGGGGGGUCCUGUGAGUGAGGUGUGAAUUCAGCGAAACUGCAGUGGAGAGGGGCAGCGCCAGGCCUGGGGGGAGAUGAAACCGGAUGGAGUGGACACCGCCGCGCCCAUGGAGACCCUGGGGCCCAUGGAAGCCCUGGGGGCGGAGCCCGUAGCCGAAGGCCAGGCCCCCGAGGAGCAGCUGCAGCCGGCUGCCCCGCCCUCGCAGCAAGAGGAGGCGGCCCAGCCCCAGCAACAGCCAGAAAUGAAGACGGCGCCACCUGCACCCAAGGAGGGGAACGGCAAGCCUGCCGAGCCUAAAGCCAAGACGAAAGGGCCCGCAAAAACGAGGCCCGCGACUGCCGGGGCCAAGACGACGGGAACGUCCGGACCCAACGCACGGCCCGGGGCGGCCCAGAACCGCAUCCUCAAUGGCGUCCAGAAGCCCCAGGCCAACGGACUGGCCAAGAAGACCAACACCACCGGUGUCGCAGCGCCAGAGAAGAAGAAACUGACCACCACAACAGCACCUUCGAAAAGGCCAGUGGGCCCAGCUGCCGCUCCCCCUGUUCGACCUCCAGCCAAGGUUGCGGACAGGAAGCCGGUAGGAGCAACCCGCCCCGCCACUGCUCCCAGCGCAGGGACCAGCACCACGAAGACCAGCGCAGGACCUGCGCCAGCAAAUAAGAAGGCCCCGGCUGCGCCCAGCAAUGGUGUCAAAGCCAGGCCUAAACCCACCGCUCCCAGACCAGCCUCUGCAGCUCCCUCCAAACCCAGCACUGCUGCCACGACCAAAACCGAUAGGCCGACCGUUCCCAAGACAACCAGGCCUGCCGGUGUUCCUCCGUCCUCUCGACCUGCUCCCGCGACGACUGCAGCGAAGGCAGCUCCCGCCGCCGCCAAACCCUCCUCGUCAAGAGCAGGUGCUGCAGCUCCCUCUGCUGCUCGCAGUGCGGCGGUGCAGCCGACCAAGACCGCAGCUCCGGCAAAGAAAGAUGUGAGCAGGCCGACGACCGCACCGGCCCGGAAACCGGUGUCUGCCCCCACCCGCCCUGUGGCAGCCAAGCCCUCUAAACCUGAGCCUCCCAAAGCAACGGCCGCUGCUCCCCGGCCGGAUGCCGGCACCAAGAGGCCAGCGGCCACCGGCAGGGCCGCGGACACCAAGCCCUCCCGGCCCAAAGCGACGGACGCCAAGCCCCCCGCCAUGGCGGAGGUGAAGGCCAGCCCUCGAGCGGCCGCAGGGCCCCGGCCCGGCCUCGCCAAGAUGUCCACCCCCAGCCCCAGGAAGGCGGCGGGCAGCGGCACGCCCCUGUCGGUGAAGCGCGGCUCCAAGCCCACGCAGUCGGUGCAGCCCCUCUCUGCCAGCGGGGAGCCGGCCAAGAAGACCCAGCCUCCCAGAGCCGCUGUGACUGCAGCCGCUGUCGCCACGGCAACCAUCGCCGCCGCCGCCGCCGUCGCCGUGGUGGAGGCCGAGCGGCCGCCCCCCGUGGAGCCCCCGCAGAGGGCAGAGCCGGCGGUGGAGCAGGUGGAGGCAUCGCCGUGUCCGUCUGUCCCCGCUGGUGUGGAGAGUGCCGCUGUGGUUCUUCCUGCCCAGCAGCCUGAGGCUCCUGUGGAAACUCCGGCAGCCAUUGUAGCUCCGUUGUCUCCCCCGCCGUCUCCUCCGCCCUCUCCUGCUGCUCCUGUGUGCUUACUGCUGGAACCAGAGGGGCCACCGCAGGUGUCCGAGGGAGUUCCGUGCAGGCCGGUCAUGGUUGAGCAGGAAGAGGCAGUGGAGGACAGGCGGGAAUUGCUGGUUCCCUUGGCCGCAGUCGCGCCCGUGAGUCAGGCCGGGCCGGAGGAGCCGGUGUCCGCUGCCGCUCCCGGCUCCCUGCUCCCCGAGCGAGAGGAGGCCGUCGAAAAGGCAGAGGAGGAAGUCAACGAGGACGAGGAAGAGCGGGAGGGCAGCCAGCCCGUGUCGGUCUCGGACAUGAGCGGGACCCAGCCCACGGAGGAGUCUCGGCCAGGUUCUGAGUCCGUGUGGCGAGGAGGGGCGAUGAUGUCAGAGCUGGACUCUGAGGAUGUGAGCGGGAGCCAGCAGGGGGCGUCAGAGCUGAGUGCUCCGGCUGUGCUGGAGGGGGCCGAGAGCAUGGACCUCCUGGGAGAUUCCUGCCUGAAGGCGGCCUCCUCCAGCUCCCCCGAAGUGGAGAAGCUGUCCGACAUCCCCCCCAACGAGGAGGAGGAGGACGACGAUGACGAAGACCAGGUGUACGACAUGGAGGUGGGCUCAGAACGGGCGGAGCACCCCCAUAGGGUACGACAGGAGGGUGAGGAGGAGGAGGAGGAUGAAGACGUGGAGAUGGCCAGCGAGGGUGUGACCGAGAGUGGGCUGGAGAGCUAUGGCAACGCGGACGAAGACGACUUCGCCGAGGAGGACCGGCUGGACAACCUGAACCGCGCCGCGCCCACCCUCCUGCCCACCGCCCCGCCCCCGCCAGCCCUGUGGUCCCAGUCCAACCCGUUCUCCCAGCCCUUCUCCCAGCCACCACAGCCCGCCUCAGAUCUGCUGGGCAGCCCCUCCGAGCCCUGGCUGGCCGACCCCGAAACGCCCACGCAGUCCCCUGCCCAGGCCUGGCUGGAGCUCAGCACCCCCGCCCUCCUCCUGCAAGCCCAGGACCCCAAAGCUGCUCUGGCCCCCCCGGCCCGGGGCAUGUCCCAGUCCAGCACGCUGAGCGGGACGGAGCUGGCGGCCCAGGGCAGCAGUGACACCAGCACCCCCGAGGAGCUGCGCGAGUACAACAGCGGCCCUGAGGAGCAGCAGCAGGAGGAGGAUCAGCUUCAGGAUCAGCCCCCGCAGCCCGAGGCCCAACAGGACCCCAGCGUCCCCGCGGAGCGUGCUGCCGACGAGGAGGAGCAGGAGGAGGAAGAGGCGGAGACCCUCCCGGCCGAUGAGCUGCUGGGAGGCCCCGCCACCGCGCCCGAGUCGCCCACGUCCUCCCCCUCCACCUCGGGCGACGAGGCCAGCGACACGGAGGGGGAGAUGCUGAUCAGCGAGCCCGACGCCCACGGCAUCGACAACAUCGCCUUCGACAGCCACCCCGCCGCCCAGAGCCUGCCGGCCCUGCAGGAGCGCGAGGGCGAGGGGGAGGACGACGGCGACACCCCCCAGUCCGCCAACUCGGUGGCGUCCUACGGCUUCGACUGCACCACCUCCAACUCCAAUGCCCACUCCACCACCGAGAGCUGCGGCAAGAGCCCCGGCAUCUUCUCCCUGGAGAACGAGGAGCAGCUGCCCGAGGAGGCCAAGGACCCCUCCCUCAUCAAGGAGCUGACCCUGCCCGGCGGGGAGGCGCAGCCCAACCCGGAGGAGCAGCACUACAUGCUCUGCGUGAAGCCGGGGUCCGAGCUGCCCGACCAGAACCCAGCCCAGGAGCCCCUGCCCUUCAUCGCCCAGGACCCCGGCGACGGCUCCGACACCCAGCCCCCGUACUACUCGGCUAUUUGUGAAAAGACUGAUAACGUUCUGUCAGGAGGGUACGAUCAGGUCAGACGGACAGGUAUACAGCAGCAGCGGGAAGAGGAACCCGCUGCCUCUCCUUCGAGGAAAAAGCGGGCGUCCCCGCUGCCCUGCGACCACGUGAGCCAGCCCAGGCCCCCCGUGGACCUGCCCCUGAGGUCCGGCAACAAGCCACCCAGCGCACAGCUACGCAGGCUGCAGCAGCACCAACAGCAGCUCCUGCAGCUGCAGCAGAGCCGGGAGCAGCCCAGGCACCGGGAGGAGGAGCAGAGGCAGCAGGAGAGAAAGGAGGGAGAGGAGCAGAAAGAAGAGGCUGAGCCUCAGAAGCGGUUGGAAGAGGAGGAACAGCAGAGGCAGGAGCAGCAGAGGCAGUUGGAAGAGGAGGUGCAGCAGAAGCAGUUGGAAGAGGAGGAGCAGCAGAGGCAGUUGGCGCAGCAGAAGCAGUUGGAAGAGGAGGAGCAGCAGAGGCAGGAGCAGCAGAAGCAGUUGGAGCAGCAGAGGCAGGACCUCCUGCAGCUGCAGCUCCACCUGCAUCAGCAGCAGCAGGCGGAGGAGCAGCAGCGCAGGAGGCAGUUCUUGCAGUGGCAGCAGGAGUUGGAGCAGCAGCAGAGACAGCAGCAGCAGCAGCAGCAGCAGCAGCACAUGGCCCAGACCACCGUCCUCCUGUCCCCCUCCUCCGGCCUCUGCACCAUCUACGAGGCCAUGGAGACCAGCGAUGAGGAAGAGGAGGGAGAGGUGGAAGAGCUGGUGAAAGGAGACGGACAGACGUGUGAGGUGAGGGUCGUGGAGAAAGAAGAAAUGGGUGAAGAUUCCCUAACCCCCGCGGUCCCGGACGCGCCCGAUUCGCCCAUAAUGCCGGUUUCGCCUCAGCGCACGCAGCAGCAGCGCCCCGUCCCGACGGAAAGCCCCCCGGCCUCCCCCUCCGGCGACCCGCCUCGACCGCCACUGGAGCUGGACUGGAGCAAGAAGGUGGACAUCGUCCAGCAGCUGAUCAACGAGACCCUACUGCUUACGGGGGAGGGCUGCCCCCCUCUCCUCCUGCUGCCGGGGGGAGGCGGGGGCACCCUCAGCCCCCUGGAGAGCAGCCUGUGGCCCACCCUGCUGCCCCCGCUCACCCCACCCUCCGCCACGGUCACCUCCGUCAGCAGCUUCUCCCCGGAGGACCAGGGCAGCUCCCCCCAGGGCGAGUGGACCGUGGUGGAGCUGGAGACCCACCACUGAAGAACAACAGAGGCCCCUCCCCUCAGGACACGAGCACACUACAGAAGCGGCAGCACAUCAUGGGUCCACCCUAUGCGCCAACCCACUAUAAACACUGAGGGCUACUGCAAAGGAAACGCAAAACCCUUUUUUUGUGGGGGAGAAUGGGGUGGGUUGAGACUACGAAAGGACCGUGCCAUAUAAUUUAUGAGACAUUAUCCCUUGAUCGCAAUGAAUUGCCAGGGAUCUCUCAAUGACACAGAGCAACACGGGUUUGAAAGAAAAAACUACUGAUGAACAAUUUUUUUUUUUUGUCUGUCCAGGAAAAACUGAUGCCCUCUUAAGGAGUGGUCUUCUCUUGAAUCUGUCUUUGACUGUUUAAUGUUGACACUGGUGGGGGUUCAAAGCCGUUAUUGAUGCAGGAUUUGUAGCAAGAACCGUUUCAAUAAGAGGGCGAAGGCCUCUUAAACCAAUAGCUGGUCUAUGUAAGAGACCACAAAUUGCACUUGAGUAAUAAUUGCUUCCCUUCAUGGUACUAAACAACAUUUGGGGGAAGGGUGCUGAUUGCACUGGCGGUGGCAUGAAACACGUUUAGUUCCUUUCCACCGGUACAAACGGUCACAUGCCAGUGCUGUCUGGCCAAUUUGACUUGGUUUAUAUGUGCAUAUAUGGUUAGUAUUUAUUGACUCCUAGAGUCUUUCAUUCUAAAUGUACUAUGAAAGGAUUUUCAUCUCGGAAGGAUUUGUUGCAUACACCAAGCUAUGCUGCAGUCUGAUGAAGAGGUGGUAACAUUUGAUCCUGCUCAUGGGUGGCAUGCCCAAAUAUGACGAGCAGUGUCAAUGAUUGGGUAGCAGGGCUGUGGUUUGUGCAUUUAUGCAAAUUCAGAGGUACGCAUUUGAUUUGAAAUUGAAUCAAUAGCUAAU